GUCUUGGACUCGUUUAAUCAUUUUGAUAAUUGUUGUCAAUUCGAAACCAAUUUAAACUUCUAAAUAACAAUGUUUGUGCUUUUCUAAAAUCAAUUAGCUGAGAAAUAGUAAAUUAAUCUUAUUAUUCAACAAUUAAUCAUCAGUCUACUUAGUUAAUUAUAUAAUCAUCUCUUAACUCGAUCAAUAAAUUGUAAGAUAUUCAAAAAUUGGUAACAGAAACGGUAAACAGGCCAUGGAAGCUGAAACGAGUUGGGUACUCGACUCACUCGUGGGUUUCCUUCAAGGCCCAAUUUGGAAUAUACCGAUAAGUAGUUUCAUCGAGCAAAGAUCAAUAGUAUUCGAGCCAGAAUAUGAGGAUGACGAGAAAAGAACUCGAGACGAAAGAGAAUCUGAAUAUCGUAAAAUCUUCAGUGAAUAUAGUUUCUUAGUCGAUCGAUUAUUAUCUGCACAUAUGGAAGAUCUUUCGAUUUCCUUAGAACAGUUCGAAGAGGCUUGUCGAAACGCUAAAGGAAGUUUAGGGGCCAAAUUCCAACAAACUUUAUUCGAACAAAUUUGGGCAGCAAAUGACUACGAUAUAUUUCGAGCCUUAAUGGUAAAAAGGAACAUCGAACUUAAUCUACAAGCAAUGAACAUACUGACCACAUCUUUGGGUCAAAUGAGUCCCGAUGAUGCAGAAAAAACAAUCAGUUUCUUGAUCGAUGACGAUUCGUUGCUAGAACAAGUGAUGAAAUUAUCCAUGGCUGAUGCUCGAGAUGAACAGGAAGCUUUGGAUGAUAAUGCGAAAGAAGAUGUACUUCGAAUCGCCAUGGAAGAGAAAGGUCGUUUGGAAGCGGAACGGAUUAAGGAACAGUCCAAAUUGGACCAAGCAUUAAAAAGAGUAAUGGCCUCAGGUGGAAAUGAUGAAGAUUCUAAUGGAAUCGAUUAUCAAUCAACAAGUGCCAAUGUCAACAACGAGGAUGAUGAUGAAGAUGAAGGUCAUAGUAAUGGACUUGCAGGAAUGAUCAAAGGUCAAAUUGUAAAUCGAUCAGGUUAUAAGCCUCUAAAUAUGAAUGAUGAUGGUGAUUAUAUAAAUCGCAGAUCAAACGAAGAGAGAUCGGCAAUAAAUGAAGGCGAUGAAGAUGAUGGAGAGGAUGUGAAAGCAGUUUUACUCAAAUCAAAAGGAUCAUCCAUUAAUCCAGCUGAGAUUAAGGCUCGUCAAGAGUAUUUAAGAAAACGUCGAGAUAAGAUUAUUGAGACCAAACGAAAAGAGAGACAACGUCAAGUCGAGCAAUUGGAAGAGCUCGAAAUCAAAGAGAAAAGACCAAAAUCAGCAAAAGUAAUCAAAAGUUUCUUAGAAAACGAUGAAAAUGGCGAAGGUAAGAGCGAAGAUGAAGGAUUAAGCUUUCGACGUUCACUGGCUGCUAAACUGAAAGCCGAAGUAAUUGAGAAAAAAAGAUGAUCAAAUAAAAUCUCCACAGACAUUGGACCAUCUUCGAUUGACCAAGCGUAUAAUGCUUGAUAACCAUUUCUAAUCUCUUCUUAAUCACUACGAAUUAUCAGUAAAUUGUAUGUGGACAAAAAGUCAGAUCACAAUUAAAGUUACAAAUUAUUGUAAAUUCACUUUUAUCUCAAGUGUUUAGUUUCU